GAAAGUAAUAACAAUAAUAAUAAUAAUAAUAAUAAUAAUAAUAAUAAUAAUAAUAAUAAACCUUAUAUAGCAGCCUGCUUUGACAGCAAAGCAAGAAAAGUAAAUAUAAGAGAAAUAAUGAGCAGGAUGUCACGAGGAGACAACCACGUUCAGGGGGUCGGGAACAAAUGAAAUGAAUACACAUAGAGCUGUGUCACAUGAAAACAUGAAAGAGUGACCUCAUUCAUUAAUAUGAUAUGAUAAUAAAUAUGAUUUCAUUUUAAAUCUCACUAUUAACUCUCAGGUGUCAAGCGCGUAAUAACGACGGUACUUGAAGGCAUCAUUAACGCUGUCGAUGACGCAUUACACGUGCGACGCUCGUUGUGUUUACGUUAAUUUACGUUCACUGGCUCCAGAGAAACACGUUUUCUCAAUGAAACGUUUAAAAUAUCGUUGUGUAGUUUCUUUGUGAGAUGGAUUCCUGCAGGAAGCAGCUGAAGUCGGAUUGUGAGCUGCUGCUCGGCCACUUCCAGAAAACUGAGUCCGUCCGAUUCCAGGUUUUCUCCCAAAUCUGGAGGGAAUCGAACUUCACACACAUUUUCUACGGCACCGUGAGGCACGAGAAGCGAGCGUUCAGCCGCCUGGUUCUGGAUCUCGCCUACAGCUACUUCCUGCCGCCGUUCAGCUUCCAGAUCCGGGUCGGGGGACUUUACCUGCUGUACAGUUUGUAUCAGUGUCAGACCGCCUCGCCGCCGGAGCAGAUCCGUGUGGCGCUGAAGGACUGGGACGAGGCGAUGAAGUUUGAGAAAGACGCCGCGGACGCUCAGCACCUCGACGCCGUCUACAUCCUCCGCCGGCUGAUGUUCCUCAAAGCGUUCCACUUCACCGCCAUGCCAACGCUGCUCGCCUUCAAGAAGAAGAGGAAGAUGGAGAAGUCGGCCUUGUGCGAGGAGUUCGUUGAGCGAGCGUGUCGUCCGCAGGAGCUGAUCAACGGCGAUCUGUUGGAGGAGUUGUCCAACAUCCACGAGCUCUAUGAGAAGAUGAAGACGUCCAUCUCUUUGCCGUCGGAAACCUCCGUCAACCUGAUCCACAAAAGCUUCGUCCCUCAGCUGCGCAGCACUGUCCUGGAUUUCCACAAAUGGCAGCAGAACAAGGAUGCGACAGACCAAGAUGAAGACUGUGGGGAGGGAACUUCGUCUCAGCAAGAGUGCUCCAACAGAGCCGGCCUCCUCGCCUCCAUCAAAUCAAAAGCUUACGGAGAGGCAGCCGAGGCGUCCAAGUCCCGUCGCCACCGGCAGGUGGAGGUGGAUCCGACCAGCAACGAGUCGGGACCCUCCAACACACGGGGUCAUUCCAAGAAUACGAAACCGUCACUCAAAACCAGAACCAAUGAGAACAUCCGCAUCUCAGGUGACCUGUGGAAAGAUGCCUUGUCGACCACUAAGAUCAGUCGUCUCACCGGUCUGGACCCAGUUACUGCAGAAAAACUAAAACAGUUUAAAAGAUUCACCUGGAAAUGAGGCCGACGCAGAAUCGACCUUUGUCUCGACCGGAGACACUGAACAGAGAUUUUAUUUGUGAACACACUUGAAAAUGUUUUUACAUUUUAAUUUAUUUUAGUUUUUCCCUUUUAAUGGUUUUUAAUGAAAACACAAACUGGUCUGAGGAAGAAAAACUGCUCAUGUUGCAGAAAGUGAAGAAAAUAAGAACAAAAAUGUCCCGUGUUGGUUUUGAAAAUCAAAAGAUGUGUGGGAAAUACACUGUUCAUGUUCAGUUUUAUUUCUGGUUUAAAAAUGUUUUAUUACAUUUCAGUGUUUUGUAUAAAAAAAUAUUUUUAACAGUA